AUGCAAAGGAAAAUUGAAGAAGCUGAGAAGAGGUUAAAGAUGACUAUGCCUAAAAGAGUUCCUUUACCACCUUCCACCCAAUCUACUUCAACAGGUUCAAGGGCUUUAGAUACUGGAGGAUUUAGAAUGGAGGGGUAUGAGCCAAGAAAAAGAAAGGCUACUGGAACUUCUGCUCUAGAAAAGGCAUUCAACCCAGUUAUUUGGGAACAACUGCAUUCUGAGAUUGCUCGCAUGUUUUAUUCUGCGGGGUUACCUUUUCAUUUAUCAAGGAACCCAUAUUAUGUUAGUGCAUUUCAAUUUGUUGCCAACAAUCCAAUUCCUGGUUAUGUACCACCCGGUUAUAACUUGCUGAGGACUACAUUGCUUCAAAAGGAAAGGGCUAAUGUAGAGAGGUUGUUGGAGCCAACUAGAGCAUCAUGGAAGGAAAAAGGGUUGAGUAUUGUUUCAGAUGGAUGGACUAAUUCUCAAAGAAGGCCCCUUAUUAAUUUUAUGGGAGCAUCAGAAGCUGGGGCAGUGUUCUUGAAAACUGUUAAUUGUGAAGCUGGUUUACUCAUUGAAAGUAAGUACCCGAAUAUCUUUUGGACACCAUGUGUAGUUCACACAUUGAAUCUUGCUCUUAAGAACAUUUGUGCUCCAAAGGAAACAGGGGGUACUGCUUUUGCUUAUGAUGAAUGUCACUGGAUCACACUUUGUGUUGAUGAUGUGAUGUUUAUCAAAAACUUCAUCAUGAACCAUUCCAUGCGGCUAGCUUUUUUCAAUGAAUUCGUACCCUUGAAGUUGCUUGCUGUUGCAGAUACACGUUUCGCAUCUGCCAUUGUCAUGCUCAAAAGGUUUAAACUUAUAAAGUGUGGCCUUCAAUCAAUGGUUAUUAGUGACCAGUGGGUUUCUUACAAAGAAGACGAUGUUGGGAAAGCAGCAUCUGUGAAGGAAAAAUUAUUGAAUGAUGUGUGGUGGGAUAAGUAUUAUAGUUCAACAUGGCUUGAUGAAAAUACCAAUCGUGUCCCUCCUCAUAGGGAUGAAGAAAUUUCAAGUAUGAGAAACAAGUGCUUCAAGAAAUACUUUCCAAAUUUAGAGGAGAGAAGGGUUGUAAAUGUGGAAUAUGCCAAGUUUUUAGGAGGUUUGGAUAUGUUUGGAGAUUUUGACUCAAAGAUUGAUAGAGGG